AACUGUAAACGUCUCCGUCUCUCUGCAGACGUCCGGCAGCUUCCUGACUCGGUUCUCCAGAAGGUUCCUUCGGAUCGGGAGCUGUCCCGCCUGGCGUCUCGGCUCGGUGCCGAGUGGGAGUCGGUCCUGAUGGACCUGGGUCUGUCCGCGGAGGCUUUGUUCCGGUGCCGGGCCGAUCACCCGCUCAGUACUCACGGAGCGGUUCUGGCCGGUCUGGUCCAGUGGAGACGGUGCGAAGGGAAGAAAGCCACAGUCGAGCGGCUGCUGCUGAGCCUGAAGGCUGCAGACGUCCAUCCCUCGGUUCUGGAGGACGUCCUGAUGUGACCCAGAAACCUCUCUGUUCUGUCUCACGGGUCAAACACAAGACUUUAAAACGGCUGCAUGGAUAUUUUUAUAUUUACGAUGAAACGUUUCAUUAAAAAAACAGGUUCAAACUGAGCUUAAAUAUAACUCAAAAGUUUGGGGUCACAUUGAAAUGUCCUUAUUUUUGAAGGAAAAGCACUGUACUUUUCAAUGAAGAUAACUUUAAACUAGUCUUAACUUUGAAGAAAUACAC